AUGGUUGUCAUUAAGCGAUUCCGAACAGUCUGGGGCGUCGACUCUGGAAAGGACUUUGAGAACUGGAUCCCAUGGUUUCCUGAUCUCAAGAAGCAGGGCUUCGCUGGUGUUGAAGUCGAUAUCACAGAUCGUGAUGUCGCCAAGCUUCAGCAAUUGCGGAAGAUCUUAGAUGAUGUUGGCCUAGAAGCCACUGUGCUACUACAUACAGCAUGGGCAGGAUAUGUUGGCGGUCGGCCCAAAGAUCUAACACCGGAUGUACACCUCGAAAUCUACCGCCAAAACCUCGAGCGCGCCAAGAUCUUGAAGCCUGUGAAGAUCAACGCCCAAUCCGGAGGCGACUACUGGACUCUUGACGAGUCAGUUUACUUCUACCAGAAGACCCUUGGCAUCGACAAGGAGCUGGGCCUCACGGGUCUCGUCAGCCACGAAACGCAUCGCAAUAGGUCAUUGUUCACGCCGUAUGCUGCCAAGUAUAUCCUACCAAAGGUUCCAGAGCUUCGGGUGACAGCGGAUGUCUCUCACUGGGCUGUCGUUUGCGAAAGACUCCUAGACCUCGGAGACGAGGAUAAAGAGAUUCUUGAUCUUCUGAUUCCAAGAGUCACUCAUAUUCAUGCACGUAUCGGAACGACCCAGUCCUCUCAGUGCCCUGAGCCAGAAGAUCCUGUGUUCAGAGAGGAGCGGGAGUUCUUUGAAAAGCUCUGGCUGCGCAUCGUCAAGGCGCGAAGCAAGGACAGCGACCUCAUCACUUUUGUACCAGAAUAUGGCCCAUAUCCCUAUCACCCUUACGGAAGCAUCAGAACGCAUGGCCAGGUCGCUGAUAGUGAAGGUGCGAGAUUGCAGAAGCUUUUUGAAGACAGCCUGAAGGAUUAG